AUCUUAAUUGGAUUUCUGAACGAAGCAACAAAUUUCAUCUGAUUGCUAUUUGCUGUCAAAUUAAAAGUUUGGUAUUUCUAUGGAAGAAGGUGGAGCGGAUAACUUAUAAUUCAUAAACAGACAAACAAUAUAAGAUUGUUUAUAAUGGAGGCUAAUAUUUCUGGGUCAUCUUCUACAUCUAGAGCCACACGGUUCAUGAUGGAAGGAGUCGGAGCGCGCGUAAUCAGAGGUCCAGAUUGGAAGUGGGGCAAACAGGAUGGUGGCGAAGGUCAUGUGGGAACUGUCAGAAAUUUUGAAUCUCCUGAAGAGGUUGUUGUGGUAUGGGAUAAUGGCACCGCUGCAAACUAUCGAUGUUCUGGUGCUUAUGACUUGCGUAUAUUGGAUAGUGCUCCGACUGGUGUUAAACAUGAAGGCACUAUGUGUGAUACAUGCAGACAACAACCAAUUUUUGGAAUCCGCUGGAAAUGUGCUGAGUGUAGCAAUUAUGAUCUAUGCUCAGUCUGCUAUCAUGGGGACAAACACAACUUAAGACACAGAUUCUAUCGCAUCAGUGCACCUGGUGCACAACGGUGUCUUGUGGAACCUCGACGUAAGAGCAAGAAGCAGGCAGUCAGAGGCAUAUUUCCUGGCGCUAGAGUUGUCAGAGGGGUUGACUGGCAAUGGGAAGAUCAAGAUGGCGGUAACGGUAGGAGAGGCAAGGUUAACGAGAUCCAAGACUGGUCUGCAGCUAGUCCACGUUCUGCUGCAUAUGUCGUGUGGGACAAUAGUGCCAAAAACCUCUACAGGGUAGGAUUUGAAGGAAUGGCUGAUUUGAAGGUUGUGAAUGAUGUAAAAGGACAAAAUGUUUACAAAGAACAUUUGCCACUUUUAGGAGAACUUGGUCCUGGGCGUGCUGGGCCUCAUGGUUUGCAAGUUGGCGACCAGGUCAAUGUGGAUCUGGACUUGGAAAUUGUUCAGUCAUUGCAACAUGGUCACGGCGGGUGGACUGAUGGAAUGUUUGAGUGCCUCGGAACCACAGGCACAGUGGUUGGAAUCGAUGAAGACCAUGAUAUAGUUGUAACAUAUCCUAGUGGCAACAGGUGGACAUUUAACCCAGCUGUACUAACAAAGGUGUGUAGCGGCAACCUCAGCGCGUCCACGUCGGGCGGCGGCGGCGCGGGCGCGGGGGUGGGCGCGGGUGCGGGCGCGGCGGGCGGCGGGUUCGCGGUGGGCGACCUCGUGCAGGUGUGCGCCGACCAGGAGCGCGUCAAGGCGCUGCAGCGCGGACACGGCGAGUGGGCCGAGGCCAUGGCUCCUACACUCGGCAAAAUCGGUCGUGUCCAACAAAUAUAUCACGAUAACGAUUUGAAAGUGGAAGUGUGCAAUACAUCAUGGACAUACAAUCCAAACGCAGUCACUAAAGUUGCGUCGUCGGAUGGCAGCAUUCCGGGAAACUCAUCCGGUGAACGACUAUCAGCGCUUUUAAAAAAGUUAUUUGAAUCCCACGUGACGGGGGACGCGAAUGAAGAAUUGGUAAAAGCUGCAGCUAAUGGCGAUGCAGCGCGGUGUGCCGAGAUACUGGCGCGCACCGACGGCGCGCAUGCCGACGUCAACGGGUUCUACGGCGGACAUACUGCUUUGCAGGCGGCGGCGCAGAACGGGCAUGUGGAGGUGAUCCGCGCGCUCGUGGAGGCGGGCGCCGAGGCGGACGCGGAGGACCGCGACGGCGACCGCGCCGCGCACCACGCCGCCUUCGGGGACGAGCCCGCCGCGCUGCGCGCGCUCGCGCACGCCGGCGCCGACCUCAGCGCGCGCAACCGCCGCCGCCAGACGCCGCUGCACAUCGCCGUCAACAAGGGGCACCUCGGCGUCGUGCGCACGCUGCUGCAGCUCGCCGUGCACCCCAGUCUGCAGGAUUCGGAAGGUGAUACGCCGUUGCACGAUGCUAUUUCCAAAAAACGUGACGAUAUGUUAACAUUGCUGCUGGAACACGGCGCUGAUAUGACUCUUACGAACAAUAAUGGGUUUAACGCCCUUCAUCACGCCGCGCUGCGAGGCAAUCCGAGUGCAAUGAAGAUAAUGCUGGGCAAGCUGCCGCGGCCGUGGAUAGUGGACGACGCGAAGGACGACGGGUACACGGCGCUGCAUCUGGCUGCGCUCAACAACCACGCCGAGGUGGCGGAGCUGCUGGUGCGCGGCGGCGCCCGCCCCGAUCUGCAGAACGCCAACAUGCAGACGGCGCUGCACCUGGCCGUCGAGCGGCAGCACACGCAGAUCGUUCGCCUGCUUGUCGCCCAUGGAGCUAAUCUCAAUAUAUGCGACAAGGAUGGCGACACGCCGCUGCACGAGGCCCUGCGGCACCACACGCUGCAGCAGCUACGGCGGCUGCAGGACGCGCGCGACGCGUCGCUGCUCACCGGGCUGGCGCAGGCGCACGACAAGAAGUCCUCCGCCUCCAUCGCGUGCUUCCUCGCCGCGCAUGGCGCUGAUUUGACCAUUAAGAAUAAAAAAGGUCAAACGCCGCUCGACCUAUGUCCAGAUCCGAAUCUGUGCAAGACGUUGACGUCAUGUCGGAAAGAAGGCGUCACCGCAAGCGGCGAAAGCGCCACUGAGGCUGAGGCAAUUGCCUCCGGCCCUUCUGCUUCGAACGUCGCCGCGCCGCCAGAGGCGUUGGCUACUGACGCACAACUGCAAGUCGACCCCACCGCUGACGAAUGCCUCGUUUGUUCCGAUGCCAAACGUGACACAUUGUUUCGACCCUGCGGUCAUAUCUGCUGCUGUAAUGUGUGCGCUGCCAGGGUGAAGAAGUGUUUGGUGUGCCGCGCGUGCGUGACGUCCCGGCAGCGCGUGGGCGAGUGCGUGGUGUGCUCGGAGGCGCCGGCCACGGUGGUGUUCCGGCCGUGCGGCGACGUGUGCGCAUGCGCCGCGUGCGCGCCGCUCAUGCGCAAGUGCGUGGAGUGCCGCACGCCGCUGCAGCCGCCGCCGCAGCAGCACGCCACGCAGCCGUCCCACCCGCCCCACCUCGCACUACCUCCACACAAAAUUGACCUGGAGAAGGAGAGCGGCAGCAACCUAGCGCAGGUGCAGGUCAACAAGGGGCAGCCCGUGCCCGCGCAGAGCGCGCCGCACUACAUGAACAACGGCUCGCGGUUCGCGGCCGCUCCCCCCGCGCCCGCCGCCGCCGCGCCCGCCCCCGCCGCCUCCGCGCCCGCGCCCGCCCCCGCCCCCGCCCCCGCCGCGCCCGCUCCCUCCGCCGCGCCGCCCGUCGCCGACGUGCAGAAACUACAGCAACAACUACAGGACAUCAAAGAACAGACCAUGUGCCCGAUAUGCCUGGACCGGCUGAAGAACAUGAUCUUCCUGUGCGGGCACGGCAUGUGCCAGAUGUGCGGCGACCGCAUCACCGUGUGUCCCAUCUGCCGCAAGCAGGUCGAGAAGCGCAUCCUCCUCUACUAGCCACUCACAUACAGAGGAUAAUAGAUGUAUCACGUGGCAUUCACUCAUCCUGAUUAUAUAACGUUUAUAUUUAAUAUUAUUAUUCAUAAUAUAUAUGAGAAAUAUUACCGCAGACGGUAAUCAAACUAUUCGACUGCAGUAUAUUAUCACUCAGUGCAUGUGUACGAAUGCGUGAGUGAAGUGCAGCGCAGUGCAGUUAAAUACAGAGUUUGUAACGUAGUGAAGAUGUUGUUUACUGCCGCGUACGGUAUAAGUGUAGACGUAACUAAGACCUCGCAACGGGAGCCUAAACUUCCGAGGAUAUAAACACACAUGAUUGAAAAAAUUACGAAUUGUAAGCAUUUCAACCAUAUUCGUUGACCUUUUAAAGGCUUAUAGCGAUUGUUGUAUAAUCAUAAUCUCGACCUGAGCGGUAGUGACCCCGAGGCCCGGUGACUUCCGUAGGUAGUUUGCUAGACUCGGCUGUUACACUUGUGUCCUUUGCGUACGCAAUAUAUACUUAUGUUAUUAGCAUUUUUACUCGGGUAUAAUCGAUGAUAUUGCACUCGCAGAUAGUUGUUAUGCAUGUUAAGUUAAUAAAUAAUGUUAAGACGUUUUUUAUAUUAAUUAUAAUGUUACAUUGACAUUAUGUUUUCAAUAAAGCACUGUAAAACAUAAUAUGUCUAGUUCUAAAUAUUCUAUUUGAAUUACUUAAGGGCUAAAAACUGUUCAAUGAAAUUAUAUUUCUUCGACUUAUUAAUAAUAGUACGAAUAAAUAAGCCAAAUUUUAUGUAGUUUUCAUAAAAAUAUAUCUGUCGCAACAUCGUUUUAUGCUAAUAGCACGAAUGUUCAUUGCUCAUCGUGAAGUAAACGUAUGGUUAAUUAUUAUACCCACAGCAACAAUAUUUACACCUAAAUAUUCUAUUGGCUACGCUGAAACUGCCACUAUUUAUUUGUAAAUGAGAUUCCAUAAUCAGGAGGCAAUUUCUUUCCAGUCGUGCAUUUAUUUAUUACCUUCUACAGUGUGAAACAUUUUUACAGAUAGUACUGUUUACUCAUAUGAUUUAUUUGUAGCCAUUAUUAAUUUUAUUACUAUAAAUUAUGAUAUAAUUAUGAAAUGAAGCUAAGUAUGCGAUCAGUUGUAAGAUAUAUAUUAUUAUUCAAAGAACAAGAUAGCCUACAGAUCACCAGUGAAACAUUUUAUUCAUGCAAAAUGCACGGUAUUAAUAAAGUGAAAUGGCUCAUAACCUGAUCUAUAUUCAAAAUUUGAAAUUUGUACCGUGCAAAUAUGCAAUACUGCUUACUUAGAUAUUUGGCUAAAAAGUUUCAUUGGCAGUAUCGUUAAAUCCAGUUUUAAAAACAAUCUGUUCUUGCUCUAGCAGGCGCGAAAUAGUGUCAUUUAAAAAAAUAUUUUGAGUGAUUAUUUUAAGAAUUCUCGAAAAUUUAGGUGUUCAAAAUGUAAUCACGUAUUAUAGCAGCAAAUAAAGAAUUUACAUCGAAA